CGGAAAACAGUUUAGGGCGGAUCUACAAGAGCUUGUCUCAACUUUCCCGCUGUAUGGCCACACCAACACUCCCACCUGAUUCCGAGGAAAAGAUAAGCCGUCAAUACUGGAUCGGAUAUUCACCAGCGAAGAACUGAUGGUCGAGAGGGUGAUCAUCGAUGUCCCCCUGGAUCGCAGCGAUCAUGUAGUCCUACUCUUCGAAUGCAUUUGCUAUGUAGAAUAUCCUGUGGAAAUUGCCGACGCAACAGAAACGACUAUACGCUACGACAUAUUAGCUCAACUAAAUGAGACAGGCAACUGGACCUCGCUCGCAGACGAGGAACCAGCUAGCGCAUGCGAACAUUUCGUCAGCCAGUUGAACUCUAUGAUUGCCGAAGCAUCAGUAACUAAGACCUCCCACCCGAGAAACGUGGUCUCAUUUCUGAAAGCAGGACACGCAACUGUAUAGCGGUGCGAAACAGCCUGGCACAUCUACAAACUCUCCCUGAGCACAGAAGACUGGAUUGUG